AUGGCUAAAUCUGGUAUUCGUAUCGCCAUCGACCGAGGUGGUACCUUCACUGAUGCAUGGGCUCAAAUUCCGGGCCACUCCUCCGAUAUCAUAUUCAAGGUGCUGUCCGAAUGCCGAGAUGAGUAUGACGAUGCGCCCACAGAAUGUAUUCGUCAGAUCCUAGAGAUUGCAAAUGGAUCAUCUAUACCUCGCGGAUUUCUUCUCGAUUUGACUCCCGUUGAAUCAAUCCGAAUGGGCACAACCGUCGCCACAAAUGCACUUCUUGAAAGAAAAGGCGAUCGAGUCGCCUUAUUGAUCACAAAGGGGUUCCGUGAUCUGCUUAAGAUCGGAAACCAAGCAAGACCAAAUAUUUUCGACUUAUCGGUUCAACGUCUCACCCAACUUUAUGAGACCGUUGUUGAAGUUGAUGAGCGCGUCACUAUCGAAGGAUUCUCAGAAGACCCAGAUCCCAAGCAGAUCGAUGUGAAUUCCGAUCCGGAACUGCGUUUAGGUUUAACAGGCGAAGUUGUUCGUGUCCUGCGAACUCCGAAUCUGGAGGAUGUGCGCAAAAGCUUGCUUGGUCUUUGGGAUCAAGGAUAUCGCUCCGUCGCCGUAGCACUCAUGCACUCUUAUACCUACCAAGAGCAUGAGAUUGCAGUAGCUGGGCUUGCUCGGGAACUCGGGUUCAAAGUUGCUGUUUCGUAUGAGCUUCAGACAAUGGCAAAGCUAGUUCCCCGUAGCCAGUCAGCAGUUGCUGAUGCUUAUCUGUCACCGGUGACCGAAACGUAUCUGGAUGGCUUUCGAAAAGGGUUCAAGGGUGAACUUAGAGAUGAGCAUGCAAAGAAAGUCUUCGUUAAUCAGUCAGACGGUGGCUUGACAUCAAUCGCAAAUUUCUCGGGCCUCCGUGGCGUAUUGAGUGGUCCUGCCGGUGGUGUCGUUGGCAUGUCGAGGACAUGUUAUGAUUCAGAUGAUGGCACUCCAGUGCUUGCAUUUGACAUGGGUGGUACAAGCACCGAUGUUGCUCGAUAUGCAGGUGCUCUUGAGCACAUAUUCGAAAGCACCAUUGCUCAAGUUACGAUUCAAACCCCACAGCUCGAUAUCAACACAGUCGCAGCCGGUGGCGGAUCGAUGCUUUUCUGGGAGAAUGGAUUGUUCAAAGUCGGUCCACACAGUGCUGGAGCUCACCCUGGUCCAGCCUGCUAUGGAAGAGGAGGUCCGUUAACGGUGACGGACGCGAACUUAUUUCUUGGUAGAAUCAUUCCAGACUACUUCCCACAGCCAUUGGAUGCUGAAGUGGUGAAGCAAAAGUUUGCCGAUCUUACAGCUGUGAUCAACUUUGAAAAAGAUGGGUCUUCGCAACUUACCCCUGAGGAGGUCGCAGUUGGAUUUCUUUCCAUCGCGAACGCGACAAUGACCAGACCUAUCCGAACUUUGAGCGAGGGUCGUGGCUUUGAGACUGCCGCUCACAAUCUUUGUUGUUUUGGUGGAGCUGGUGGUCAACAUGCUGUUGCUAUUGCGCGAGACCUGGGCAUCCAAAGAGCUCUGAUCCCAAGAUACUCCAGCAUUCUUUCUGCCUAUGGAAUGGCUCUGGCAGAUGUUGUUGUUGAAAAUCAAGAGCCGGAGGCAACUUCAUACACAAUGGAAAAUAUUCCAAGAUUAGACGAGCGAUUUGAGCGACUGAAAGAUGCAGGCGUUGCUGGCCUUAUCGCGCAGGGUUUCUCCGAAUCUCAAAUUCGCCACGAAUCGUUCCUGAACAUGCGAUACCAAGGAAGUGAUACAGCACUGAUGAUCCCGAAUCCAGGCACCUUUGCAGACUUUGGAAAAGCAUUUUCUGCACGCCACGAACAAGAGUUCGGCUUUACCCAGCCAAGAGAAAUUUUGAUCGACGAUGUUCGUGUUCGAAGUACAGGGAAAGGGAUGGAUGUUUCACUCUCCAGCCCAACUGCCGAAUUGAAGAAACUCAUAAACUCACCUCCGGCAACACCAGUUGGACCUGAAAGGAAUAUCAACGUUUACUUUGAACAGGCUGGUUGGCUUGAGGUGGGACUUUACUCUCUCAAGGACCUCCUUGUUGGUACCCGGAUCAAUGGACCUGCGAUGGUUAUCGACAAGACACAAACUAUUAUCGUGGACCCCGCAAGCACAGCAAUCAUUUUGCCGGAGCAUGUCGUGAUUGAAAUCACUGACGCGAGCAAACUUGAAAUAAACACGAGUGUGGUCGACCCGAUUCAGCUGAGCGUUUUUGGACACAGAUUCAUGAGCGUGGCUGAGCAAAUGGGCCAGACCAUGCAGAAAACGUCCAUUUCAGUCAACAUUAAGGAGCGGCUUGAUUAUUCAUGUGCUGUGUUUUCUGGGGAUGGUAGCUUGGUAGCUAACGCACCCCACAUUCCUGGCCAUCUCGGAUCCAUGAGCUACGCGAUCGCAUACCAGGCGCGCCGAUAUAAGCCUGGUGAAUUGAAACCCGGCGAUGUGCUUCUUAGCAAUCACCCUAGCUCUGGCGGUACACACUUACCAGACCUCACUAUAACGACACCCGUCUUUGAUAGCGAUGAAAACCCAACGAAGAUUCUGUUCUUUGUCGCAAAUCGUGGCCAUCAUGCUGACAUCGGUGGAAUUCAACCUGGCUCCAUGCCUCCAAAUUCCACCGAGUUGUGGCAGGAGGGUGCGGCCGUUGAGUCCUUCAAAAUCGUGAAAGAAGGCUUCUUCGAUGAAAAGGGACUCAUUGAGGUAUUGGUAGACAUUCCGGCUUCUUAUCCAGGAUCAAGUGGUACCAGAACCUUGCGUGACAAUAUUGCAGACCUAAAGGCUGCAAUUGCUUCCAACAACAAGGGCAUCCAUUUGAUUCGAUCUCUUAUCAAGGAAUACACUUGGCCUGUCGUCGAGUUCUAUAUGAAGGCUAUUCAAGACAACGCUAGCCAGUCUACACGUGAGCUACUCAAAGUCAUCGCUCAAAAGUUUGAAGGCCAGCCUCUUGAAGCAGUGGAUUAUAUUGAUGAUGGCACGCCAUUAGCAUUGAAAAUCACCAUCGAUCAGGAGACGGGUAAUGCGGACUUUGAUUUCACAGGCACUGGGCCUGAACAUUUUGGAAACAUGAAUUGUCCUCCUGCUAUCAUGUAUUCGGGUAUUAUGUACUGUCUCCGAUCCAUGAUCUCCUCCGAUAUCCCUCUUAACCAGGGAUGUCUUAAGCCAAUCCGUCUCAUCUGUCCACCCAACACUCUCCUGUCACCAUCACUUAAAGCAGCAACGGUCGGAUCUAAUGUGGAAACAUCUCAACGCAUCGUCGAUUUAAUUUUCAAAGCAUUCCGUGCCGCUGCUGCCUCACAGGGUACCUGCAACAAUCUCACAUUCGGGUACGGUGGUCGAGACCCCGAGACAGGAGAGGUGAUCAAGGGAUUCGGGUACUAUGAGACUAUCGCGGGUGGAUCCGGAGCGGGCGCAGACUGGGAUGGCGAAAGUGGCGUGCAUACUCACAUUACAAACACACGAAUUUCGGAUCCAGAGAUUUUCGAAAGGCGUUAUCCCGUGAUUUUGCACGAGUUCUCCAUCCGAGAGGGAAGUGGAGGAGCUGGACGCCAUCGCGGAGGUGAUGGAUGUAUCCGUGAUAUUGAGUUCCGAUUACCUAUGCAAGUUUCGAUUCUAUCAGAGCGACGUGUCAUCCCACCUUAUGGUAUGGCAGGAGGUGAAGAUGGUGGGCGGGGUGUGAAUUUGUGGCUCAGGAAGUACCCAGAUGGUACGAGUCGAAUGAUUAGCUUGGGAGGUAAAGCUACCACUCAUAUGAAUGCCGGUGAUCACAUUAUUGUUCAGACACCUGGUGGUGGUGGGUAUGGCCAAGAUCCUUUCAAGAAGGAUCCUGUUUUCAUGGACAUUUUCAAGAUCCAUGAAAAGUUUGUGCCAAGUUCGUCUCUUCUUCGGACACAAGGCAGUCUGGCAGAGAGGCAAGCUACGGCUACUGGAAAUUGA